UGCUUCCGUCUCCCAAAAGAUUGAAUCCCAAGAGAAUGUAUAUCACGGUAUCACGGUGACAGUAUCUUGCUUCUUGGCGAAGGCUAUAGCUGAUUUCAAUUGAAGAGAAAGAGAAAGAGGGGCUUCCGCGACAUUUAUCCCUUCCUUUAAGAACAAGUAUUAAAGCUGAUGAAGAGAACUCAAAGAAUGAGAAUAUCUUUCUGCACUUCCAUAAAGCCAUACCUUUUCUUCUCAUUCCACUGUACUCUUCCAUAUAAAAUUUGGUUUUAGAAGUAGAUUUACAAUUCAUAUGACAUAUAAAUCAUGAAUCAGCUUUGUCUAUACAUUUCAAUUGUAAACUAUUAUUGUCUCAAAUCAUUUAAGCCUCAACAAAUAUGUCUAACACCCCUCCACCACCCCCUGCCACCGAAGGAGCCAAUGAAGCCCCAACCUUCCCGAGAUAUUGGUGCUACCAAUGUCAUCGGGCGGUUAGGAUCUCAUCCGAUAACCCAUCUAACCUCAUCUGCCCCCGGUGCUCAGGCCAAUUCCUGAGUGAGAUUGAAGAAUCAAAUCCUUCUCGCAAUAUUUUCGACUUUACUGCAUUUGAUCCUUCCCCUGAAGCUCGAGUUCUAGAAGCACUAACCCUCAUGCUUGAUCCUACUGCCCUUGCACAUUUUCGAACAAUUCGGGCUAAUCAACCAUUUGAUGGGUCAGAAGAUAAUAGAGUUCCUAGCACAAGUGAUGUGAGAAAUCCAGUCCCCAGACUUCUAUUGCCUCUUGGUAGACAACAUAGAGAGCCGGAGGUUGGAAUUCGAAGCCGACUUUGGCCAAGGAGGAGAAGAGCUAUGCACCAAGAAGAUUCUGAUGAUGAGUGGACACCAGCAAGUGGGAUUCUAGCUCGCCCUAGGCAUUGGAUAAUUAUACGACCAACAGGAUCAGAUGGUAGACAAGGAGGAUUGGUACCGGUAGGUGUGAAUCCUCGGGACUACUUUUUUGGGGCAGGACUUGGGGAGCUAAUCGAAGAGAUUACUCAAAACGAUAGGCCUGGUCCUCCUCCAGUGCCUGAUGCAAUUAUUGACACAAUUCCAACAGUGAAAAUCACAACAUCCCACUUGGAAGGUGAUACUUCAGACGAGUGUCCUAUUUGCAAGGAAAAAUUCAAGGUUGGGGCUGAGGCAAGGGAACUGCCUUGCAAACACAUAUACCAUUCUGAUUGCAUUGUCCCCUGGUUGAGGCUUCACAAUUCUUGCCCCGUUUGUCGCAAAGAGCUACCACUUCAAGGUAUCGAAGAGGUAGAAGAAGAAGAAGAAGAAAACGAAGAAGAAGAAGAAGAAUCUGAAGAGGUGACUAGUAGGGGCCAAAGGUGCAUGAGGUUGAGACGACAACUAGCUUCUUUAUGGCCUUUCCGAUCCAGAUAUCGACGCAUUCAUACCCAUGGCAACAAUGCUACUGGGAUAUCUCGACGGGGAACUAAUCGCGAUGCAGCUGAUUCAUGGUGGCAUUCUUGUAAUAUCCUGUAGCCUCUCUAGAGAUUAGAGGGACUAAGAAUAAUGAAGAAUUGAUUCCAGAUGUUCUUAUAAGGUAAGCUGCUUUAUAAGGAGUAUUAUUUGCAUCCCUCUGUCUUUUCCCCCACCCCAAACUUCACUAUGUGAUGUAAAUGUUUGAGGAAGGGGUAAAGAAACACCACAAAAUACAAGUAUUUCACAAAGAAAGGUCAAGCGCCUUCAAAUGUAUUAAAAAGAUAGAGGUGGAGGAGACAGCAAUUUCUUUGAUA